GCCCUACAAACCUCCGGGGCGCAUCGCGCGUGCGAUGCGAGCGGGUGUAUUAUUUCAGCUAUGGGCGGCCUGGUAGACGAAACCGCCCACAGGGGCCUCAUCGUAACCUUCCUGGAGUUCCCUUGCUUGGUGGUGUACACUUACGCUGCGGGGGCCUUUGCGCUGUACUUCUUUUGGACCUGCCGGCAGUCAGUGCAGAACACCCUGGUGCUGCGUAAUGCAGCCAUCAAGAAGCAAGACGAUCUUGGGCAGGCCUGUGUCCAGUGCAUCACGGAUUCACAGAACCGGGUCAUCGAGUUCGAGGGCUACAAAUACUCGCGCCUGGGGCGCCUGGUGUCUCUGCUAGUGCCGCUGAACACGGCGGCGCUGCUCACGCUCUUUGUGGUGGUCUUGUUCGACUACUACUAUGGCUGCCUCUGGGAGUGGCCGGAUCACCUUUGCUACGUGGGCACCUUCCCUUUGUUCGGCAGCUUCGACACCAAUUCCUACGUGUUCUUGCUGAUUUGGUGCCUCGGGGUGGCCUGGUUCUUCUUGCUGAUCGACAACAGCGGGGGGCAGAGCGUGAAGCUCUUCGGGCUCCGCGCGCCCUUCCGGAAGGCCACGGUGAUCUGUGUGUAUGUGGAGGAGCGUCAGGAGACCAUCAGCAGCGGCUACUCACGUACCUUGGCGCUGCGGAAGUACUUGCUGAAGGUCGCGAUGAAGGUGCUCAGGCGCAAGGAGCUCCCGGGCGGCUUCCUCUCGCUGUCCGGGACGUCUUCGCAGACCUUGCCGCUGAAGUACGACUCGGUGAGCAACAUGCACUACGUGGAGUUUCGGUGCCAGCGCUACAUCUAUGACUCCGAGAACGACGGCUUCACGCAGCAUGACCCCAGCAGCAGCUUGCGGAAAGGCCAGGACGCCUUCACUGAGCUCCAGCAGGGCGGCGGGCUGAGAUCCCGGGGCACCUCAUCGCCGGGAAACUUCCCGACGGUGGAGGAGAUGUACAGGAGCGCGGGUCCAAACCAAAUCCCCUUCGAGGUGGACAGCUGGACUCAGGCGCUGACCGAAGAGUUCUGUACCUUCUUCUUCCUGUACCAGUUCGCCAUCUAUGCGGUCUGCGCGUGGUUCUCCUACUGGCACUACACCAUCAUCGCGGUGAGCAUCGCUGUGUCCUCGGGUUUCUUCAACGCCUCGGUCCGCCUGGCCAGCCAAAAGUCCAUCAAGUCCAUGAUGGAGCAGAACCUGAAGACGCGGGUGCUGCGCGACGGCCAGGUCAUGGAGGUGGACGCUGGGGACUUGGUUCCGGGGGAUGUGGUGAAGGUGGAGAGCGGCCCAGUGCCCUGCGACUUGCUGCUGCUCAAGGGCGCGGCGGUCUGCGACGAGUCCACGCUCACCGGGGAGUCCAUGCCGGUGCAGCGCCUCGCGCCAGUGGAGCGCCUGCCGGACGACCCGCCUGGUAUGCGCUUCCCCACGAAGCACGUGCUGGUGGCCGGCACAACUGUGCUGCAAGCGGUGGACGAUGAUACCUGGGCUUUGGCCACGCACACGGGCAUCCACACGCAGAAGGGCCAGUUGCUGCUGCUGAUCCUCUACCCUCCCAAGCUGAUCUUCAAAUAUGACGAGCAGCUCAGCGUGGUGUUCUUCUUGCUCAUCGCCUACGCGCUGCUCAUCUCCGUGACCUUGAUGAGGGUGAUGUACAUGCGCUAUGCGCAGGACCAGAAGCUGCCGCUCACGGCCACCUGGGCCUCCGCGGUGUUCACCUGCUCCUGCGUACUGCCCACCAUGCUGCACAUCGUCCUCUCCGUGGGCCAGGUCAUGUCCGCGCAGCGGCUGAGAGACGAGAGCUCCAUCUUCUGCGUGGUGCCGAAGCGGAUCGCCUUGGCCGGGAAGGUUCGGGUUGCUUGCUUCGACAAAACCGGGACGCUGACAACGAGUGGCCUGGAGUUUUUCGGGGUACAUUGCUUGCAAAGCUCGGGCAAAGGCAGCGGUCCUUUCUCCUCCGGCCGGGUGCAGGGCAACGGCACAGCGCCGUCGCUGGAGGAUGCCCCCCGGCCCGGCGACUGGGACUUGGAGGUCUUGUGCGGCCUGGCCUGCGCUCACUCGCUCUCGCCCUUCGCGGGGACGGAGACAGGCGUGGUGGGCAACGCCGUGGAGGUGAACAUGUUCCAGGCCUCUGGGUGGACCUUGUCCUCCGCGACGCGGGUGCAGGGCGCCUUCGCCAAUCAGCCCCACGAGGUGGAGAUCACGAAGCGCUUUGACUUCUCCCACAGCACUAUGACUAUGAGUGCCAUCGUGCAGCACAAGCCGUCCAAAGAGCGAGGAGUCUACGUCAAGGGCAGCUUCGAGCACGUCUUGCGGCUCUGCCGCCCCGAGUCCGUGCCAGAGAACUUCCCCCAGGUGGCGGCGGCGCACGCCUACUCGGGCAUGUACGUGCUGGCUCUGGCGGCACGGCCUCUGAAGGCGGAGGAGAAGGUGGAGACGCGCGCGGAGGCGGAGAAGGGCCUGUCGCUGCUAGGGCUGCUGCUCUUCAAGAAUCCCCCGCGCAGCGACACCAAGGACACCAUCGCGUCCCUGCGCCAGGGCGACGUGAGAAGUGUCAUGAUCACCGGGGACGCUGCUGGCACUGCUAUCUCCAUUGCCAAGGAGAUUGAGCUGGCGGUGCCUGGUCUGCCCGUCUUGCUCGGGGAUCUGGAGACAGAUUCCCAAGGCAAGAGCAUUGUCUGCUGGAGAUGCACCGGGGAUGACCUCAAGGGUCUCAACGAGAUCCUUUUGGGCAACGAGUGGCUGAACUGGCGGAAGAACUACAAGCAAUGGCGCGGAGGCGGCGCCUCAGGCGCCAGGGGCGAGGCCACCGUGAAGGCGGCCACGAACAGGGCCCAGGAAGCCCAGGAGUUGGAGCUGUCCAGGCGGAUGACUUGGUCGCACAAGGCGGAAUUGGAAGCUCAAGGACCACAGGAGGAGGUGACGGAUCAAGACUACGUCUUCUCCACUGAGGAGAUCGUGCUCUCGCGGCUCUACGAGUGGUGCGAGCUGGCGGUUACUCAGCGUGCCUUUGAGUGGCUGGCUGCCCAGCAGUGCUCCCCGGACCUUCGCCGGGUGCUGCUGGGCUCGCGGCUCAGCAGCCUGAAGAAGGGGAAGGCGCUGGGCAGCGGCAAAGGCAGCACCUCCUUGCUGUGGGAGCUGCUCACCUGCAUCCGGAUCUUCGCCAGGAUGACGCCCAACGGGAAGAUCAGCGUGGUGGAGGGCUUCAUGUCGCAGAAUCUGAUGUGUGCCAUGGUCGGGGACGGCGGCAACGACUCGGGGGCCUUGCGAACGGCGCACGUGGGGAUGGCGCUGAGCAGCGCCACCUCGGCCACGGUGGUGGCGCCCUUCACCACCAACCGGCCCUCGGUAGCGCCCAUCGCAGACCUGCUGCGGGAGGGGCGAGGUGCUCUCGCCACCUCCUUUGCAGGUUACAAGUACUGCAUUCAUUACGGGCUGCUGAACUCCGUGCUGAAGUUCAAGACCUAUUGGUAUGGCAUCGCUCAAUCUAUGGCCGCUGCCUACUUCCAGGAUUUGCUGGGCUUUCUGAGCCUGUCCUGGGCCAUCAGCCUGGCGCGGCCGGCGCCCUCUCUGUCCUCCAACCGCCCCACCUCCUCGCUCUUCUCAGGCUUCACGGUCUUCUCCGUCAUGGGGAUGCUGCUGCUCAACUCCUUCUUCCUGGAGGUGGCCUGGGCCUACAUCACCAGCCAGGAGGAAUACACGCCCUUCCCAGUGCACAAGGUCCGCAUCACCCAGUGGUGGAAGCUGAACACCAACUGGGAGGUCACCACCCUCUUCUUCUCGUACACUUUCCAGCUCUUCUGGUCCGCAGUGGUGUACUCCUUCGGGGACGUCUUCCGAUUGGCCUGGCACAGGAAUCUGUUGAAGGUCCUGGUGAGCGUCAGCCUGGGUUUCCUGACCUACCUCAUGCUGAGCGGCCCCACUAGCUUGACCCGGUUCUUCCGCCUGGUCUUUGAGGACAUUACCGAUUCGGAUCCGUGGACGGAACACGAGUAUUGCCCCGCGAUGCCGCGGAAAGUGCGGCUACAUUUGCUCUGUGUGAUCAUGAUCAACCUCGCUUGCACCGCCUUCCUCGAGAAGGUCAUCAUCCAGGGCCGGGUGGGGGACUUCAUGCGUGUCCUCGGGCGCGCGCUCUCCAAGCACGUGACGCUGCGCCUGUAGCUUUGAGCUCGGAUGUCUGGCCCAAGGGAAGUCGAUGGGAGAAUCAAAUGGCUGUGGC